GUUGAGGCGGCGGCAUCUUUCUCGAGGGGCUCUCCCGGGCGGCUGAAGAAGGAGCUUCUUCUCUGGAGUGCGCCGGCGGCGGCGCCUGCGGACCUAACUAGCUCCAGGUUAGGCCGGGCCGUGCGGGAAAGCAGCGGACUUGAAAAUACUGGAAAUCUGUCCGGAUCCAAAUUCUUUUGCAAGCCGGAUGAGUAACCAGAGGGCAUGAAAGGUUGAGAACAUUUGACUUCCCUGCAAACCUUGGUAUAGAUCACUUCCUUUUCUGUAGGAAAGGAAAGGCACCAAAGAGCACAAUGAGUACAAGAAAGCGUCGUGGUGGAGCAAUAAAUUCUAGACAAGCCCAGAAGCGAACUCGGGAAGCAACCUCCACCCCCGAGAUUUCCUUGGAAGCAGAACCCAUAGAACUCGUGGAAACUGCUGGAGAUGAAAUUGUGGACCUCACUUGUGAAUCUUUAGAGCCUGUGGUGGUUGAUCUGACUCACAAUGACUCUGUUGUGGUAAGUGUUGGAGUAAGAAGACCAAGGAGGAAUGCUAGGAGGCUGCCCCAGGACCAUGCUGACAGCUGCGUGGUGAGCAGUGACGACGAGGAGUUGUCCAGGGACAGAGACGUGUAUGUGACGACCCACACUCCCAGAAACGCCAGGGACGAGGGCACUACCGGCCUCAGGCCCUCGGGUACUGUCAGUUGUCCUAUCUGCAUGGACGGAUACUCAGAGAUCGUGCAGAAUGGACGUCUCAUCGUUUCCACAGAAUGCGGCCAUGUCUUCUGUAGCCAGUGCCUCCGUGAUUCCCUGAAGAAUGCUAAUACUUGCCCAACUUGUAGGAAAAAGAUCAACCACAAACGAUACCACCCCAUUUAUAUAUGAAGUAUUCAGAGACCCCCAGGAGAGACGGAUGGACAGACAGCCAGGUUCUCCAGUGGUAUCUGCCUCCAUUUUCCUGAGCUCAAAAAGACUGUUUUGAAACCAACGUCUGAUAUGUAAACUGCUCUUUUGUUUCCAACCCCUUCCUUUUGUUAUCUCCAGUUUGAUGCUAGAGUGGGAGAAAGGGAGUCAGGCACAUUGGGAAUCGUGGUUCCAGUCUGGUUGCAGAAUCUGCACAUUUGCCAAGAAAUCUUCCCUGUUUGGAAAGUUUGCCCCAGCUUUCCCGGGCACACCACCUUUUGUCCCAAGUGUCUGCCGGUCGACCAAUCUGCCUGCCACACAUUGACCAAGCCAGACCUGGUUCACCCAGCUCGAGGAUCCCAGGUACAAGAGUGGCCCCUUGAGGCCCUGGAAAGACCAAUCACUGGACUUCUUCCCUUGAGAGUCAGAGGUCACCCGUGAUUCUGCCUGCACCUUAUCAUUGAUCUGCAGUGAUUUCUGCAAAUCAAGAGAAACUGCAGGGCAAUCCCCUGUUUCCUAAGAACGAAAAAGUGCAAUAAAGGCCAUUCGUUACCUACUUUUCAGCAGCCCACAAGAUGUAGCACUAUUAGCAUCCCCUUCAGAGGCUUAAUGUUGCCUGUGGAACAGUGCCCAUCCCAGCCCGUUUCUGCCCACCAGUUGUUCUCAGGAACCUUACCCAUGCUCCAGCAUCCUUCACCUGGCACAGGACAUGCAAGAUAAAUAGGGCAGGCACGUGUUUGGGUGUCCUCUCUUUGAUAAAAUCCAUCCUGUGUUUGCCACACGCCCUCCAGUCCUCAGUUCCUCAGUUCCCACUGCCUAACGCCUGCCCCUGCAUAGAUACUGAGAGGUGGUGGCAGUAAUUGUGGCCUUAUCAGCCGCUCAGUUCCAGGCUUUUGCCCAGGUCACUGUUGCUCCGUGUUUCGGAGAACCUGGCCCACCUGACUUGGCUUUCUCAUCCUUCCCAACCCAGCGCCGUUUAUUUCAGAAGCUCCUCUGGCCACUGGGCUUGGAUGCUUUGGGCUUCUGACUGCCCCAUAGGUUUUGAUUGGUGAAACGGGGGCCCAGAUGACAACCUCUCCUUCACUCCACAGGUAGGCAGGAGCCUCACGUUCGCUCAGGGGCAGCAAAGUGGCCCAAGCUGCCCCUGACAGCACAGGGCCUGGGGGUGGCUAACGAGAGAGGCCUUAUAGUGCCAGCCUGCCUCCUCUUCCGCUGUCCUCCUUCCUCAGAGGGCUUCACGCCAAACAAACGGCCUUUUCGUGUGAAACAUCUUCAGGGUGGGAAAGGGGCCACUUCUGGCUUUGUUAGCAAUAACUGACCUUCAGUUUACCCUUCUGAAGGAGCAGGGACUCAGCACAGAAUUCACUUUAGACGGGGCUGAAGGAGUGUCCCUCCUCUAUGUGAAAAGAAAAUUGUUUUAUUCUUCAUUCUGACUUUAUAACUGUUUGGCUCACUUCCAGUUAGUUUGAAUGAAAAUAAUAAUUUUCUACUUGGAGUUGAAGAGGGCAGAAUCCUCAGCUCUCAUCAUUGUGAUGUGUAGCGUGUCUGCCCUCUGACUGGACAUCAUUGCCAUUAACUUUCUUCUGGGCAUCACGGGAAUGUCACGAUGCCCGGACUUGGAGCAAGGCAACCUUGGAGUCAGUCCACUAAUAAGAUAUGGUAACACCCAUUUUAAAAUUUGUUUAAGUUUUAUCCUUAAAGACAACUUCAGUGGUUAUAUAAAAGUUGUGUUACUUCGUCCUAAAUUAAAUUGAUAAAAAGAUUUAAAAAUGUGUUUUGUUUCUACUAUUCAGAAACUGCAAACUAGGGAAAGGUUGGUAUGAAAAAUGUCUUUCCUUUUUUCAAUGUACAUAGUUCAACUCUUUCUUUGUUACAUUUAAACUAUAUCCAUGGAUAUCAGUCUGCUUUGGACUCCUCUGCUAGUGUUAAGAUGGAAAUAAAACCAUUAAUUUGAACCAAA